AUGCCCGGCGAAACAACGACAGAUGAUCCACAACGUGAACGUCUUGUCUAUACAUAUACAUAUACAUCAGACGGUGACAAUGGUCAACCACCACAAUCAAAUACAGUUAAAGUAACAACAACAGUUGAAGAAGAAACAACACCUGAUGGAACAAAAGUUGUGCGUAAAAAAGAAGAAUCUCAACAAGUAUCAAAAGUAACUAAAAUACAAAAAAUAACACGUGUACAUCGUCAUCUUAUUGAUCCAUUAACUGGUGAACUUAUACGACAAGAUGAUCCAAGAUAUCAAGCAUUAAUUGCUGAAUAUGGUGAACCAACACCAACAACAUGGUCAGAUGAACAUAUUGUUUAUGAAGGUACAUCAAUACCAACAAAUGGUAUUAUAACAAAACAUGAAACAAGUACUGGUUUUUCACCAAAUUCAUCUUUUACUCAACAAAAAUCUCGAUUACGAUUAAAUGAUGAACAUUCCCCAUCAUCAGCACGUUCAUCUCAACGUUCAACAACAACAACACAUCAUCAUCAACAACAACAACAACAACAACAACAACAACAUUCAACUUAUGAACAACAAACAAAUCGAAGUGAUCGAAGUACAUAUACAUCUGGUGGUGAUAGAACUGAUACAGGAGUAUCAAUAACAAAUGGAUCAAAAUAUGAUAAUCGAGGUAAAUAUUUAAAUGGACGAUUAUCAGGAAGAAUACCACCACAACAACAUAUGAAUGGAAGUGGACGAAAUGGUUAUACACAAGAAAAUUUUGAACAACGUUAUACUAGUACACGUUAUAAUGAACCAGAAAAUAAUAAAAUUAGUACUGAUGAAAAAAUUAUUGAUUAUGAUCCAAAUGAUCCAAAUUUAGUUGAUGAACCAUAUCUUGAUGUUGAAAAUCCUUAUGAAGGUUUAGGUCCAGGUCGACCAGAUAGUAUUGGUCGUGCAUUAUUACCAACAGCUGGACGACAAUCUCCUGAUAGUAUUGGACAAGGUAAAUUAUUAGAUAUAAGAUAUGUUCGCUUCUUUGGGGCAUUACUGCUUUUUUUUUGUUCAUAUUCAAAUAAAAAAAAGAAACGAAUGUUUUCC